AUGUCCAAUAUUGCACCCGCAGCAGCGAGGCAGGCCCUCAGAGCGUGCUCCAGGAGAGCCGCGACCUCUUCGAGCAGCGCAAUCCGCCCUUCUUCUCUCGUCGCCACGCCGCUCGCCUUCCGCGGCCAUGGACGACGCAAUUAUGUAUCAGAGACCAAGCCUGCCCAGGCUACUGUCGACACAACGAUCAAGGCCGACCAGCGAGCAUUCCUGCAAGAGACUGGAAAGAAGCCGGAAGACGUUCAGAUGCCGACGACAGGAAUUGGUGCAGACGCCAUGAUGAGCCCUGCCGCAGGCAUACUUAAGCAGGCGACCGUAAUGGACGGUGGCACUCGACCCAUCUACCUCGAUAUGCAAGCUACGACCCCAAUGGAUCCGCGCGUCCUGGAUGCCAUGCUCCCGUUCUAUACGGGCUUAUAUGGCAACCCUCACUCGCGGACGCAUGCAUACGGCUGGGAGACGGAAAAGGCUGUUGAGCAGGCUCGAGCGCAUAUCGCUGAGCUGAUAGGUGCCGACCCAAAGGAAAUCAUCUUCACCAGCGGGGCCACUGAAAGCAACAACAUGAGCAUCAAAGGCGUCGCGCGCUUCUUCAAGCGCUCUGGCAAGAAGAGACACAUCAUCACGUGCCAAACAGAACACAAGUGCGUCCUCGACAGCUGCCGGCAUCUUCAGGACGAAGGCUUCGAUGUAACGUAUCUUCCGGUCCAGAGCACCGGCCUGAUUGACAUGGAAGAAUUGGAAAAGGCGAUGCGCCCUGACACUGCACUUGUCAGCAUCAUGACCGUCAACAACGAGAUUGGUGUGGUGCAGCCGGUGGAGGAGAUCGGAAGACUGUGUCGAUCGAAGAAAAUUUUCUUCCAUACCGAUGGCGCCCAAGCCGUCGGAAAGAUUCCCAUCGACGUCAACAAGCUGAACAUAGACUUGAUGUCUAUCUCGGCGCACAAAAUCUACGGACCGAAGGGCAUGGGCGCCUGCUACGUCAGGAGGAGGCCGAGGGUCAGACUUGACCCGAUUAUCAGUGGAGGCGGCCAGGAAAGAGGCUUGAGGAGCGGUACCUUGGCGCCGCCUCUCGCCAUCGGCUUCGGCGAAGCUGCGAGAAUUGCCAAGGAAGAGAUGCCGUAUGACACGAAGCGCAUUACCGCACUCUCUGAGCGGCUCAAGGAUGGACUGCUCUCCAUGGAGCACACCUCGCUAAACGGUGACCCUACAAGACACUACCCAGGCUGCGUCAAUGUAUCCUUCGCUUACGUCGAGGGCGAAUCGCUCCUCAUGGCCCUCAAGGACAUUGCGCUGUCAUCUGGUAGCGCAUGUACUUCGGCCUCGCUCGAGCCCAGCUACGUCCUCCGAGCGCUUGGCAACAGCGAUGAGAGUGCCCACAGCAGCAUCCGCUUUGGCAUUGGGCGCUUCACUUCAGAAGCCGAGAUUGACUACGUGCUCAAGGCUGUCAGAGAGCGGGUGACGUUCUUGAGGGAACUGAGCCCGUUGUGGGAGCUGGUGCAGGAGGGCGUGGAUCUCAACACGAUUGAGUGGAGUCAGCAUUGA